UUUGUCCGGUCAUGUGUUCACUGAAAGCUCUUCAGGACUGGUGUGGAGAUGUUUGUGAUGGUUACUCUGAUGUUCUCAUCACAGACAUGAGCUCCUCAUUCACAGAUGGACUGGCUUUCUGUGCGAUCAUCCACAAACACAGACCCGAUCUACUAGAUUUUCACUCCCUGUCCAAACACAACGUCUACGAGAACAUGUGUCUGGCAUUUGAUGUUGCGGAGCGUGAGCUGGGAAUUCCUGCUCUUUUAGAUCCGGAUGAGCUGGUGUCUGUGGAGGAGCCGGAUCUACUGUCCAUCAUCACUUACAUCUCUCAGCUCUACUGUGUCUUCAGAGGAAACUCUCACGUCAGUCAGAAGAUUCCUGUGAACAAUGAAUCCAGCAGCACCAAAACACAAGAACAGACACACACUCGGUUCUCAUCAGAUGUGGUCAGAUCGUCAGAUAAAAGAGUCUGUAGUGUCUGUCACACGCGUGUUCAUCUCAUUCAGAGGGUUUUGGUGAAGGGACACCUGUAUCACCGCUCCUGCUUCAGAUGCAGUCGCUGUCGUCGCUCUCUGCUGCCGAUCUCUUUCACAGUGGACAGGGAGACGGGUUCACUGCAGUGCAGUUAUCCCUGCAAACCUGCUUCUGAUCACGACCGGCCCGCAGAUCAAUACUCACAGAACGACACCAGUGAGACGGACGGAGACAGGAGUGAGAUGUACGGAGACAGUAGUGAGACGGUCAGAGACAGGAGUGAGACGGAUGAAGACAGGAGUGAGACAGACAGAGACAGGAGUGAGACGGAUGAAGACAGGAGUGAGACGUACGGAGACAGGAGUGAGACGGGCAGAGACAGGAAUGAGACAUACGGAGACAGGAACGAGACAGACAGAGACAGGAGUGAGACGGAUGAAGACAGGAGUGAGACGUACGGAGACAGGAGUGAGACGGACAGAGACAGGAGUGAGACAUACGGAGACAGGAACGAGACAGACAGAGACAGGAGUGAGACGUACGGAGACAGGAGUGAGACGGACAGAGUCAGGAGUGAGACGGAUAAAGACAGGAGUGAGACAGACAGAGACAGGAGUGAGACAGAUGAAGACAAAAUGAAUGAUGGACGUCUCUCCACCUCAUCAGAGACUGACAUACAAGAACCUCCCAAACCUGCUCCCAGAAAGAGGGCGGAGCCUCAGGAACCUCCUUGCCCCACCCCCAGAUCACCGGAUCAUCGCCCUAACAACGUCUCGUCCCAGAGCACUGUCCGUAAAGAACAUCCCUGGAUGAAGCUGGUUGAUCCGGGUCCUUGGUCUCGUCUUCCUCCGGCUCCGGCUCCAGCUCCGGCUCCAUCCGCUCAUUCCCGCCACCGGCCCGUGACCUUUAACCCCUUCCUGGAGGACGAUGAGGACGAGUCCAAGGAUGAAGAGAAAAACCCUUUCAGUUGCGAAACCUCAGUUGCACACAAACCCCAAACCUCAUCUUCAGUUCCCAGCAUGCACCAGGCUGCAUCUCAUGUUCAUGGUUUCCCGCUCAUCAAGAGGAAGGUGAUCACAGACACACGCGUGUCGGAGAAGCAGGUGUGUGAGGAGCAGAAGAAGCUGGAGGAGCAUCUGCUGGAGCUGGAGAGGAGAGGAGUGCAGCUGGAGACUGAGAUGAGGAGACGCACCAAUGAGAGUCUUCUAGUCGACUGGUUCCUUCUGAUUCAUGAGAAGAACAUGUUAGUGCGCAGAGACACAGAGCUGGUGAAUAUGGUGAAGCAGCAGCAUCUGGAGGAUCAACAGGCUGAUGUGGAGUUUGAGAUCAGACGCCUCUUUAACAAACCAGAGCAGGACUUUAGCUCUGAUGACAAACAUCAGGAAGAUCAGCUGAUGUCACGCCUGCUGUCAAUCAUCCAGCAGAGGAAUGACAUCAUCAGCAGCCUGGACCAGGACAGGCAGAGGGAGGAGGAGGAGGACUCGAUGCUGACUGCUGUGAUCCAGAGGAUGGAGUUCCUGACGCAGACGGACAAACAGCUGGACAAAUGCAGCAGGAGCUUCAAACGCCUUCAGAUGUUCAAGAAAUCCAGCCGUAAGACUGAAAACAACAGCAGAAGAAAGAAGAAAAACAGCUGAAGAACAGAAAGAGCCUGUUUAUUAAAUAGUGUCCAAAAACGGAAAAUAAAAACACCCAUCAGGACAAAUUGAACUGUUUAUUUAAAAGUUAAUAAGCGUGUAGCAUGGCCACCUCUUAUCAUUUCUAUCUACCAUUUUCUUCAUUUUUAUACUUAUUUAUUUGUGACAUCGUUUAUGUGUUUUUGUUUUUAAGCUAAGAUGUCUUAAGCAUUAGUUAUUGCACGCUUCCCAUCCAAACCACAAUCUCAUAAUUGCAAGCCCUCCAGCUAAGCAACAUCUCUUCCUGUUGUCUCUACUAGUGGGAAAAAAUAAGCUUUUCACAGCUUUAAAUCAACUGAACAAAUUGCUUAGUAUUUGAUUCACUAUUUCGAAGCGCAGGUGACGCCUGCUGGUCAAAUUUUGUAAAUGCAACUAAAACUCACCCGCAGGCUCAGUCUAUGAAUUUGCAAAUCAUUAAAUGGCAUUAAAUAUGACGUUUCUGUAAAAUUUUCCUCGUUUUGUGUUUUGUUUUGUUCCUUGACAGGGCUUGACAGUACAUCUCACUCAUUUUUGUUUUAUACACGCAUUCAUAUUAAAAUUAAUCAAUUUAA